AUGGCCAACGUCAGAGGACUCCGAGACGUCGAUAACGAGGCGUCGGACGAUGAGAACUCGGGUCCGGCGCCGCAGGAGUGGUACACGGGCGGAGCUUCGAGCGGCCAGGCUGUGAUUGACCCGAGAGAGCGACCGGAGGAACGCCUCGCUGCGAUGUUUCGAGGCGCGCGAGAGCGCGGAGCGGUGGACGGCACCGUGGACGAUCUGAACCCGAACGCGCAGAAAAGCUCGAACGGGUCGUUCACGGGACGAGCGCGAACGCUGAAUUCGACGGGAGACGAGGAGGAGGCGGACGUGGGCCAGGACGCAAGCGACGGCGGCGUCGUCAGUCGAGUGGUGACGUUUUGGCAGAAUGGAUUCACCGUGGACGAUGGACCGCUUCGACAGUUUGAUGAUCCGGCGAACAUGGCUUUCAUGGAAUCCAUCGGUCGUGGCGAGGCACCGGCGGAGCUCGCGCCGAGAAAUCGGCUCGAGCGCGUGAACAUUAAUCUGAUGCAGCGACACGAGCCGUACGUGCCGCCUAAGGAACCCAAGUAUAAGGCAUUUUCGGGUUCUGGACGCACGCUCGCCAGCGAUAACACGGCGGCGGCGAGCGCGAGCGCCGACGCAGCACCUCUGGUAUCGUCGGAUUGGGACGUUGAUGAAAGCCAACCAACGACGUCCAUUCAGAUCCGCCUUCGCGACGGCAGUCGCCUCGUUGCCAAGUUCAACACCGCACAUACUGUCGGACACAUUCGCUCCUUUAUCGCCAAAUCUCGCCCGAGCGAGUCUUUUGGGUACUCACUCCAGCUCUCCGGUUUCCCUCCCAAGACGCUCGAUGACAAUGCGGCUACCAUAAGCGAUGUCCCAGGUCUCGCAGGCGCCGUCGUUAUUCAACGAUGA